AUGAUCAUUUUAGUCUCCUGGUCCUUCUCCUUUGUUUCAGCGUUCCCAUUCAAAUGGCUGCUAUCGAACCCAUGCGAAAAAUUUCCAUGGCGCUUCUACUUGAAUCGCAUCCUCCAUGUUUCCUCUCCAUACCAGGAGCGGAUCUCGAAUGAUCGCCCUUUGGUCUGGAGAGGGUGCUUCGUGGAGAGGUCAUUGUUGAUUGGUCAAAUCUGCGAAUGCGAGUUUAGCGUCAAAGCUUGGACCAUAGCUUUGAAAGAUGCGAGUGAAUGCCAACGUAAUGCACAGCCUACUGUCAUGACAACGAGUGCGAACAUACCCUGUAGUUCUUCUAUUCAGGAGGAUACCAACAUGUCACACAUCUUCGUACAGCACAUCUACGGCCGCAAUAUGUGUUUAAGAACGCGCUUUCUCCCUUCCUUCGAAGUACAUCCAGCUUCAAACUUCCAAAUAGCCACUAUCUUCUCACCUACUUCGAAUAUCACUACAGAUCCUUUGUCCCAUCCUCCGCCUUAG